AUGAACAAUUUAGAGAGCAUUUAAUAGCUUUUAGAAUAGUAUAUUUAAGGAAAAUAAUAAUCUAGAGUUUAAAUUAAUAAGCUAAAAUAGGUACUUUAUGUGAAUCCUUUAUUAAUUUAUGGAAAUGAAGAUAAAUGGAAGGAAAACUAAUUUAAAUUAAAGCACUUGACUUCAUAUAAUUAGGGAUUAAAUAUUUUUAAAAAUACAGCAGCUUAUUUCGCAGCAAUUCAUCUUUUUGGUCUUAUUAAUAUUAAAAUAUCUAAAUAAUACUCUUUGAGACAAGCAUGGGCUAUGAACUUCUGUCGCAAAACAUUUAUGCUUCCUGGUUUAGCUUAUUUAUUCUAUACAAAUUUCGUUUUAGAUAAUCAAUAAUUAUUUGAAUAAGAAAUAUAAAAAUUGAAAUAAUUACCUAAGGAUUAAGAGUAUCUUUACUCUGAGCAUUAUGUAAAAGAAAAGUAUUUUAGAAAUAUUAGCAAAAAGCUUGAUAACUUAUGCAAAGACUCCUACAGAUUUGCAAAUACCUAAAAAUAGUAGGAGGAAAUCUAGUAUUAAAAUAAUAAUAAUAAUUCUGAAGCAAGUUCACCCUAAUAAUCCAACAAAAAGUAAAAUUAAAUAUAAAUAGCCAAAACUCAAUAAAAGAACAAAGAACUAAGUACAGAUGAUUACUAUUUUGAAAUCAAUGAAGUAAUUGAAGAGUUAGAAGAAGAAAACUUUUUUGAUUGA